CAGACAACCCUGUCAGGGACCCAAACUCGUGACUAUCGUGGGACUCAAGAUCAAGAAAAAAAGUUUUUUUGUUUAAGACUAAGAGUCAGAGCAGCAGUCUUCUCACACACCAUACACACAGCCGGUCAGCGGGUGAAGGGCAACAUCAACAAGGAAGGUGUGCCUCUGACACCACAAGAUGCCACAAGAAGAGGGUCACUUCAGCCGCGGCUAUCCCAGGAAGGGUCACGGCCACGCUUACAUCACAACCCAAGAGGCUGCAGGGAUUGGGCUCCUGACAGUCAUCCUGGGAAUUUUACUGCUCAUUGGCUGCUGGUAUUGUAGAAGACGAAGUGGAUACAGAACCUUGAAGGACGAAAGCCUUCAUGCUGGUGUUCAAAGUACAUUACGGGGAAGAUGCUCACAUGAAGAGCUUGGUUAUGUGGACACCAAACUGACCUUACAAAAGAAAAAUUGUGAACCCCUGGUUCCUAAUGCUCCACCUGCUUAUGAGAAAUUCUCCAGAGAACAGUCACCACCGCCUUACUCACCUUGAGAGCCAGCAAGCUG